UUUCACACCCUAACUUCACUAUACAAAGCAGAGUCAAUUUAAAAACAGAGCAUUGAUUACUCUGUUCUUCCUCAGAGCUCAAGUGAAGGGAAGAGAGAGAAAACUCAAAAUCCCAUCAAAAAUGGAGAACAGAGUAUUUCAAAUGGCAAUUCCUCUGUUCUUUGCAGCUUUAAUGGCUACCCUUCUUUCAUCAUCUUCAGCUGUUUCAUUGACAAAAGGAUCCUUUGAUGAUAACUUUGACAUCAUGUUUUCUGAGAGUAAUUUCAAGACUUCUGAAGAUGGGCAGAUCUGGUACCUCUCCUUAGACAAAACAAGUGGAUGUGGGUUUCAAACAAAACAGAAGUACAGAUUUGGGUGGUUUAGUAUGAAGCUUAAAUUGGUGGGUGGUGAUUCUGCUGGUGUUGUCACCGCUUACUAUAUGUGCACAGAUGUUGAUGCAUCACCAACAAGAGAUGAGCUAGAUUUUGAGUUCUUAGGGAAUAGAACAGGAGAACCAUAUAUAAUUCAAACAAAUGUGUAUAAAAAUGGAACAGGAGGAAGAGAAAUGAGGCAUGUUUUAUGGUUUGAUCCUACUGAAGAUUAUCACACCUAUUCAGUUCUUUGGAACUCCCACCAAAUUGUAUUUUUUGUUGAUCGAGUACCAAUAAGAGUAUACAAGAACAAUGGCAAACCCAACAACUUCUUCCCCGAUGAGAAGCCAAUGUACUUGUUCUCAAGCAUAUGGAACGCGGAUGAUUGGGCUACACGAGGUGGUCUUGAGAAAACCGAUUGGAAGAAGGCACCUUUCGUGUCCGCCUACAAGGACUUCAGCGUCGAUGGGUGCCGAUGGGAAGACCCUUACCCUGCUUGUGUAUCGACCACAACCAAGCAUUGGUGGGAUCAAGCCCCUUCUUGGGAAUUAAGUGAUUCUCAAAAAGAGGACUAUGCUUGGGUGAAGAGGAACCUUGUUACUUAUGAUUAUUGCGAGGAUACUGAGAGAUAUACUACUCCUAUGGAAGAGUGCUCUUUGAAUCCUUGGAAAUAAUUUUACAUGAAAGUACAAGCAAAUUUUUUCUAGCAAAAUUAUUGUCUUGGCUUAUAGUAAUUCUUCAAUCUUCUUAUGUAUCAAUUUUGAGCUUUUUAUUGGGCUAUCAAUUGUGUAAUUUUUAUUUAUUAUUUAUAACAAAAAUUACUUCAUGAAUUUGGCU